AUGGCUCCGAACAAGAAAGGCAAAUCGAAAGGCAACUCGGCCGAGUCAAUUCCGCUGCCGCCAGCCGCCGCCAAAUACCCUGCGUGCAUGCGGUUAAUCCCACCUUCCUCCGUCGCCAUCACUAUCCACGCCAAGCCCGGUUCCAAAGUCGCCACCAUCACGGAUUUUGACGACGAGGCAUUGGGAGUGCAAAUUGAUGCACCAGCCAAAGAUGGUGAAGCUAAUGCUGCCCUUAUUGAUUAUAUUAGCACCGUUAUAGGGGUAAAAAGAAGGCAAGUCUCCAUAGGUUCUGGAUCAAAAUCAAGGGAUAAGGUUGUGAUUGUGGAAGGCAUAAAUUUACAGAGUGUAUUUGAUGCACUAGAUGGAGUUAUAAAGAAUCAGUGA